UUCGUGUUUUUGUUUAUGAAGUUUUGCAAUUCAGUCACAAAACAGUUGGUUUCAAUAACACACUUCUCUAGAUAAUUUUUUUAAUCAGAAAAUAUUUGUUUUUAAAUAAUAAACGUUCUGUAAAUCACAACCAUAAAUAGAAGCAACUUUAAAAGUUCUAUUCAAAAUGGGUGAUGAAUUCGAUGGUUGCGAAUGUGUUUGGUCUCACGAAUUGGCCAUGCAAAGGCUAUUGAAUUUUAUUCGUCAAAAUCAAAACGAAUGUACGGAUACACACUGUAUAGAUGUUACAGGUCGUUUAACACAACCGGCCCCGGCAACAACAACAGGUGGUGAAGAUAAUAAUUUCACUAUGAUGACAAUGAUUAUGAUUUUUGCCUUGAUUAUGUAUUUAAUAAGACCCGAAUCAAUUAUGAAAUUGACCAAUACUAAACGUCGUGGUGGUCAUGGUCCUAAUGAUGGUGGCAAUAGUGGUUCCCAUCAACAGCCACCACCACCACCUUCACCGCCGGCGGUGAAUUGAAUAUGUUUUUUAGCAAUUCCU